AUGGCCUCCGUCGUCCACCAGGUCCCUCUCGAGGUUGAUCUUGUCCCCCAGGGCUUCAAUGACACCGACCUUGAUGCUCCGGGGUCGACCCACCUCAUGAACUGCGGCAUCGACACGGAGCACCUUCGUCAGAUCAGGGAGAAGUACGAGCUUGGCGAACACAUGGAGUACUUCAAGCGUUACGUGCGUUUCUCUCGCCAGCCCAUCGACCGUUUCCGCCACACCCACCUGCGCCAAAAGUUCCUCGACCAUCCGUUCCAGCUUGUCAACGUGAAUGCCGAGUCCCGUGACGACGAGUGCACCGCGCCUCUCCAGGUCCCCGUCACCCAGUCCGACUUCCCUGGUCAUGUCGACCUCUCCGAGUUCAUGUUCGCCAUCUCCACCACGUACGGUCGAAUCGACGAUCCCAAAUCGAGCCCUAUCAAGGAGUGGGCCUAUUGGUUGACCGACAGCAACGGCAACUCGAACGGCGGAAAGCUCAUCCUCCAACUCAUCAACGCCAGUGACGAGGAGCUCGAAGAUGUGACGAAUCGGCUUGCCCGUGCCGGUAUCGAUGCCGACGUGGGCCACGGCGACAACCGAGUGGAGAUGGCCGUCCGCUACCUCGAGCUCGUCCCCAUGCUCUACAACCAUCAGGACCGGCCCAAGAAGAAGUGGCUCGUCUUGUGCGACGACGACACCUACUUCACCGCCAUGCACAGCCUCGUGGCCCGCUUCAAGAAGUACGACCACAACAAGCCUCUUUACAUCGGCACCCUGUCCGAGGAUGUGGGCGCCCUCGAGCGCCACGGCUCCCAAGCUUUCGGCGGCGCCGGCGUCUUCCUCAGCCUGCCUCUGGCCAAGAUGAUCAACGAACUCCACCCGUCCUGCCGCACGCCUGCCAAGAUCGCCGAGUCCAACUCGGGCUGGGGUCCUCAGGGUGACAUCCUGCUGCGGAAGUGCAUCUACGAGAACACCAACGUUCGGCUGACCCAGCUCUGGGAUCUCUGGCAGCUGGAUCUUUACGGCGACCCUGCCGGCUUCUACGAGGGCGGCAUCAAGCCUUUCUCCGUGCACCACUUCAAGGGCGGUGGCUGGCACUACGCCUACCCUUUCCAAACCACCAAGAUCGCCCACGCUUGCGGCGAGGACUGCCCGUUUCAGCGCUUCAUCACCACCGACGAUUUCAUCAUCUCCAACGGUUUCAGCGUGGCAAGCUAUCCGCAGGGCAUCGAUUUCGAUCUAGACCAGUUCGAGGGCACUUUCUUCGCCGCCCCGGAGAACAGGGGUUGGAACCUCGAUUUCAUGUAUGGACCUCAGCGUCCCUCGCUGCUCAAGACCGGCAAGAAGAUUGCCUGGGAACUCCGCGAGUCCCACAACAACGAGGACGGCUCCGUGCUGCAGACCUACAUCCUCAAGAGCAGUGACGAACGCUGGAAGGUGAAUAACCAGCCCAUGCGCGCCCUGGAUGGUGUUAUUGAGCUUGUUUGGCUUCCCGCGUGA